CAGCGUUCUGACUGGCGCGCCGACAAGCUUUCUUCAAUGUCCGUUAGUUGUCAAGCAGGGCAAUCGAUUUAACCCCAAGGUAGCCCUCGCGAGUCCGGAUGGCAUGGCUGGCAAACGCCAACCUCCUGCUAGCGCGGUAUCUGAGCUUGAAAAGGAUGCUGGGCUCGUGGAGAAGGACUCCACUCGGGCGCUCCAAAACCGACGUCCGCAGGCAACAAAGGCCUGCGACCAGUCUAAUUCGGAGGCGCUCGAAACCCUAGCGCCACACAUAUGCACGGGUGCGCAGCGGAGCGAGAACCCUACCGCGCAUUCUGCCGCGGCUUUACCGGCGCAUGCUGCUGCUUCCGAAGCAGCAGACGCGGCUGGCGUGGUCGUGGUUCAUCCCCCUGCUGCUGAAGCUAGCAGCGGCGGAGCUGCUUUCGGCGGUGCUGGGCCGCAGGGUCGUUCUUCUGGUGCUGGGAAGGCACCAACAACAACAGCAGCAGCAGCAGCAGCAGCAGCAGCAGCCGCGUACGCGCCGUCGGCAUCAGCCACUUUGAAUGCCGACAGGAGCAUCGGGGACCGCGCCAGGGGCAGAAGCGGUAGCAGCAGCGGCGAGCACGUCAUGCUGCGACAUCUGCCUGCUGGUGGCGGCAGCGGCUGCACCUCAGGCGGCGGAGCGUCUCCUCCUCCUUCGGCUGAAGCGGCAGGGGCGGCCGCCGCCGCGUCCGAUGCUGCUGUCUCAUCAGGCAGUGACGGCGGCAGCGGCAGCAGCGGCACUGGCAGCAGCACUAGCAGCAGCACUACUGGCUGCAGCAGUAGCAGCAGCAGCAUCGCCAGCGGCGGCAGCGCCAGCGGCAGUGCCACCACAGCUGCGGCGAAAGCAGGCUGGCAAGAGCAGCCGCGGCCGCGGCCGCCAGCAGCGCCGCCAGCCGCCGCCGUCAGCGGCACCAGCGGUGGUGGCGGGAGUGCCGCUGCCUGUGCUGCUGCCACACAACAGCCGCCGCUGCGGUCGCCUCCGCCUCCGCUAUGCAGCAGGCAAGGACCAUCCGUGUCCUACCUGCUGUGCAGCUGCUUCAAACGCCGCAGCGAAUAGACACCAUGGCAUGCCUGCCGCAGGCCAAGCCCGCAUCCGUCUAAUCUGUACAUAUGGCAGCGGCGGGCUCCCGCGCACGCUCGCGGCAACUUGACCACAGUGGGGCUCGAGCCCAAAUGAAUGGGACGACUGUAACAAGCCGAAACGCAUGGGGGUUUCGUUGUAGAGCGUGGCUUGUAUUAUAGCCCGCAAGGCCAUUACCCAGAGGCACAUGAGCUUUAGCGCGGUAGGCCCAUUUUGUUGUGCGUAUAUAAUAGAUGCACACCUGCUGUUCAUGGGGGCGGCAGCAGGGUCGACAUUGCGAGUGACCGAGUGUGUGCAUGUACUCCAUUAUUGCCAUCACUUCUAUCUCCAGUCCAGAUGAAUGGCCGGAUGCACAGCACUGCAUUUCAUGUCACAUGCAUGCAUAGGCGCGUAGGGCGAGUGUGGAAAGGACAGGCAUGACCACUCACGUGCCACACCGGUACCACCGUACCAUGGGUGCCGUACUCUGGAGUCUGGGACGCAUGCUGGGUGCCGUACUCUGGGUCGGGUGCUGAGUGAAAGGAGAGCGAGGGGAGCGGGUGGAGAGGGCGAGGGGGGUUGGCGCAUGCAUGCUGGGGAGCGGCGGGCGGAGUGGCACGUGUCAUGUCGACAGGGUGGCAAGAUGGGGCGGGCUGCGCGUUCGUGUGUGCGCUAUGUAAGUUUUAUGGCCGUGGUUCGUUUGUUGUUGUAGGACUGGGCGGGGAGCGGAUGGGGGUUGGGCGCUGUCAUGCUGAGACUGUAAGAGGGCUGCUUUGUGUUGCGUGUUUACGCGGCGGCGGCACGGCGCGCGAUGAAGCGCAUUAAUAAAUUGAUAGGAUGUGGCUGUGAGGAGCAAGAGUAAUGUGGGAUUUGUGACUGGUGAGUGUGUGCAACGCGGUCGUGCGCUAUUGCAACCGCCGCUGCAAGGGGCGCAGGCGAUGGGUGUGUGCGUGCAUGGCCCCUGGUGGCCCCUGGUGAUGCAUACGGCCGUGUGUGUGCGUGCGAUGGGACAGUUGUAAGGCAGGUUGGUGAAGUCCCGUAGGGUGCAGCUGACUCCCAAACCCCAGCAGACGGCCGUGUGUGUGCGUGGGUUAGCUUGGCGAUGUUGCUGGCAUGCUGGGUGUGGAUGGGUCGGGCAGAUAGGUAGGGCAGGUAGGGCUGGGCUGUACUGGGUGGCUGGGAGCGAGGCACCGGAGGGCUCCUGCGACCCUGCUCAUUGCGGCGCGUGCGUGAUGCAGUGCUAGCUGCUGGAACUGGGGACAUUGCCCAGCACUGCUUCGCCCAUCAGGACUCCGGGCUCAGUGCGGCGCGUGAUGCUGCUGGGUUCGGGGAACUGGGGACACUGCCU